UUUCACACCGCAGCUGAAGAAAAACUAUGGUUUGUUUAAAGAAGUGAACCGGUCUAGACAUGUUAAUUACUAACGUAUAUCGAGCACGUGAUCUCACCCGGGGUAGUUGUCUCUCAGAACCCGUGUCUAUAUAAAGCGCAGUGCAAGUAUCACACAAACCUUUCAACGCUUCAGCUCGCGCAACUCUUGAGCGGCUACAUGAAUUUAUGUGUAGUUUUAAUUGGCUUGCUGCAGCUUCAAGCGGUGCUUGGCUCAGCAGCAAACUUGACCGCUUGGCGUCAGCAGCGCAGGCAAAAGAGAUUUUUAAUAUUCGAAAAUGGCGGCAUUGUAAAGGCUGUAACAGGCGUGUCCUUGCCCGUGGACUUUAUGGAGAUCAAUGCUUGGCGUCAGCUGGUCUGGCUUAUGAAUUUUCAUUAUCAAUUUGCGGAGCCCACCACGCCCAUUUAUUGGUGGAAGCUAUGGAGCGGCCGUGAGCUCAAGGGACCGCUCAAGCUAAACAAGAAGCAAGUGCAGCCAGCGCCAGAAAGCUUUGUAUUGGAGUCCGAGGUCGAUGUGCCGCAGCUAAUGCUCUAUGAGUUUGCAGUGCAGUAUAUGAAUCAACUGGGACAGCGAGGCAGCGACUGCUUGCAGCGCCUGAUCUGCGAGAAUGCGCAGGUGCAUGAGCACAGUGGACUCUAUGCGCAGCUGCUGCACAGGCUGCUUAGUCCGCACAAGUCGCUGAGCACGCACUAUUUAGACGCCUACGAUAUGGGCACACAUGGCAUAGAUUGUCGUCAUGCCUAUCCAGCGGCGCAGCCUUGUUUCCUGGACAAGUAUAUACACGUCCAUGUGCAAGGAGCUACGCAGAGUUAUACCUAAGAUUUACUUUAAGUUGUUCCCAAUUUAAAUGAGCGCCGGUUGCCAAUAAUUAGUGGGACACUUUAAUAAGCAGACUUCAACAAGCCUAAGACACAACAUUUACACAAUGAAUUAACACUUAACUAAACCAUUUGCUAAUCACAACUACACACAUAUAUGUAUAAAUAUUUUGUUUUGGGGCCGCAUAUGUUUAUUUUUUAUCAUCGUCGUCGUCAUCGUCAUCGGACACUUUCCACUCCACCUGAUAA